CAGCCGCCAGCAGCACGUUGAGCGUGCAAAACUACAACAAACGGUGGCGCACCAUGUCAGAAGCAAAGAAAAUUAAAUUCGAUUCCGCCGGCACGGCAUCGGAUAAACGCAAACCUAAGCACGGAAAAACGGGUAAGCGUAACUAUUACGCAAAGGCACACGACCAUGGCGCAGGAGACCGUUGUAUGAAGCCGGGCCAUCGAGGUUUUCUUGUAACGUGCAACGGGCAUGUUCGAGAUUGUAUUCGCGAUAGCUAUCGCAUCCUCAAUGCGUAUGCAGACGAACUGUACGGUGCAGUAGAUAAAGCUCCUACUCCCAGCGAUGAUACCGGCGGAAACGGCGAUGCAGCCGAAUCGAACGCACCAAGCGAUGAGGAGGACAUUUCAAUUACGCUACAGAAAGAGGCAGAAGCGGCUGGUCAGAAGCAGAACAGCAGAAGCUUCCGGUUCCAGAACGUCGAGAGCGGUGCCAUGAACUGUCUCUUCAUCCAAACAACCCUUCCGGAUCCGAAUGAAAUGGCCGUCAAGCUGAUGAAAGAUUUGAGCGCCACGAAAAAGCACAAAUCUCGCUUCAUAUUGCGCAUGCUACCGAUACAGGCGGUUUGCCGCGCGAACCUGAAGGACAUCAUCGAUGUGGUGGGGAAGUUGAGCGAUCGUUUCUUCCUGAAGGAGCCGAAAACGUACGCGAUCGUCUUCAACCGAAGGCUCAAUAAUGAUCUUUCCCGGGAUGACGUUAUACGCGAAGUGGCAGAGCUCAUCACGACCAAGAAUGCGGGCAACAAGGCGAACCUCAAAAGCCCCCAGCUAGCGGUAAUCGUGGAAGUCAUCAAGGGACUGUGUUGCAUCGGCAUUCUUCCCGAAUACUACCAGCUGCGGAAGUACAACCUGGUGGAGCUCGUCGCUCAACCGAGCCCAAUCCCCGCAGCACCGGCUAAGGAGGUGCAACAAUCGAAUGCUGAAGAGAACGCACCUAAAAUUGCGGCGGAAGAUAAGCCGGAACCAGCCGAGCAGAUAGAAACUUCGGAGAAAGACGCAAGCCCGUCGGAGCAGGAUAAGGUGGCGGCAGAGUAAGAAGGGUUUAUUCGUAAAGAAAUAUUAAUAAUGUAAAACAAUGCAUUAAGUUAGUAUGAAUACAACUAAAACAAGGCAAACUGUUGCUUUCGAUAGA